AUGGCCACCACUUCCGCCCCGUCGGCUACGGAACCCCCCCCAGCAUCAGCUCGUCGAAGGGUCGAUCUUCGGAACCCUACGCCACUGUCUGCUACUCAGGAGGCAGAAGUGAAGCAGGCGUAUUAUAAAAAGGUCAGGGGGCUUUGUGAUCCGGUAAUAAAAGAAUUCGCAGCGUGCGCAGUCAACCGUACAGUUACUGCUACAUGGGUUUGUCGAAAGCAGCGGCUUGCUAUGAACGCCUGUAUGGUUCUUCACGCUCGACCAGAGAUAGAAGAUUUGGCGCGAGAAGAAUGGUUCGCCGGUCGAGAGGAGAGAAUAAGAGCCCGAGAAAGAGAAGCUCAGGAGACUGAAAAACGAAGGCAAGAAGUUAUUGCCAUGAUGAAGAAGGACGAGGAGAAACGGGCUGCAGCCAAAGCCGCGAAGAGUUCAUGA